GUCGUAAAUUACCGUCAUCUCCUGCAUAAGGGCACUUUGUUUACCCAGGGAUUUCGUGCAAGAAAAUAGUAAAGUAGAAUUUACAGAAAGGAGUUUGAUUUCAAAACAACACCGUAGGCAUAAAUAAAUCCAGUGUAGAAUUUCUAUUUCACUUGAGCUGUUGGAAUGAAUAAAGGAGGAAGUGGGGGAGGGGGCGGACCAACAGCUGGUGCAGCGGCAGCGGCAGCACAAAAGCAGAAGAGUUUGCUGCAGAGAGUGGAUACGGAUAUUGGCAAUAUUGUUGACAAUUAUGGCUUCCUUGUUAAUGGUGCCCGGGUCAAUGAUCCACCAGUCAGAAAUUCGCAAGAAGCAUUUAUGAUGGAGAUGCGUGCAUCUAGAAUGGUCCAAGCAGCUGAUUCACUGCUUAAGUUGGUGUCAGAGUUGAAGCAAACAGCUAUGUUUUCAGGAUUUGCAUCUCUAAAUGAUCAUGUGGAGCAGAGAACAGAAGAAUUUACUGAACAGGCUGAGAAAACAGAAUGCAUGUUAUCUAGAAUUGGAGAGGAGGCAGCUGCUAGCCUUAAGGAGCUUGAGUCACAUUAUUAUUCUUCUGCAGAAAGAACUGGUAGUCUGCCUUCUUAGAGCCAAGAAGCAAUGCCCUAAACAUGGCUACAAAUGUUUUUUCUCUCUCUUUCAUUUCACCUUUCUCCCUCUCCCCUCCUCUUGCUUAGUGUAUUUGUCUACCUUGAAGGUAUACUUUUUGUGGAGGUUAUCGGGCAAAUGACCUAAUGAUGAGAAAUCCAGUUUGUUUCUGUUUCCAA